UUGCAGCCGGUUAAAGCGGUUUAUGACCAAAGUACAUGUACGUGCAGUCGACCCCUUUUGCGAAGGCUGGCUGAUCUUAAAUAUACACAAACUAUGUCCUCUAGAUCACAAUCAAAGUUAGACUGGGUUUAAAGACGAACAUCUGUGUAAGGUCGGCUAUAAUUGUUGUGUGUGAUCUAUAUAAAAAAAAAGUAUAUUCCUCGAGCCGCCAUGUUGUUCGAAAACAUGGAGUAUGUUCUUGGCUUCGUGUACGAGCAAAUGGUAGGCCGCAAUGUUGUGCUGCUGUUUGCGAUUUCGCUUUGUGCGACGUACGGUUUGUGGAGACGCCGUCGUGCGGACCUGCCUCCCGGGCCGUGGGGACUGCCCUACUUCGGCAUGGUGCCGUACUUCCUCCUAGUAGAGUGGCUCUUUGGUCUGCAGCGGCAUGAGAUCUUGGAGAAUUUUGGCGCCAAAUACGGCAAGAUAUUCAGCUUCACUGCUUUCGGUCGUCUGGUCGUUGUCUUGAAUGAUGGACAGACUAUCAAAGAGGUCUAUCAACUGCAGGAACUAAAUGACCGGCCGAGAAUGAAGAUUAAUAACCAGUCCCUUGGAAAAGGUGUCGCCUUUGCGAGUGGGGAUUGUUGGAAGGAGCAGAGGCGCUUCACGAUCAAGACCCUUGACCGCCUCGGUGCGGGAAAAGCCAUCCACGAGGAGAAGCUCUCUGAAGAAGCCAAUGCGCUACUGGGGGAGAUCGAAGCGCUAGACGGCAAGGCCUUCGACCCCAAAUACCACAUGAUGAUCUGCGUCUCCAACAUCAUAACAUCGAUGCUGUACAGCAGGAGGCACGACUACAACGACGCCGAGUACCAGGAUUUCCUGGACAUGAUCGCAGAGAUCACGCACCUCAUGGGGACGGCCGGCGCGAUGCCGACUACCCCGAUCUUGAAGCACCUCAAGCUAACCCAAGGGAAGCGUCUCAGUGACAACAUCAUCGCCGAGAUGCGGUAUAUGAAGCGGAUCGUCCGUGAACGCCAGGCCAGCCACGACCCUUCAGGUGACCCGAGAGACUUCACCGACGCCUACCUAUCCGAGAUCCCAAACGAGGAGCUGACACAUCUCUCCCACGGUAACCUAACCCACACUCUCAUCCACGUCUUCUCCGCCGGUACGGAGAACAUCUCCACGACGCUACGCUGGGCUCUUCUCUACAUGAUAGCUCACCCAGACGUCCAGGCCCGGGUGCAGGAAGAGCUAGACCGCGUAGUGGGGCAAGAUCGAAUGCCCAAGCUCUCGGAUGAAGCGUCGCUCCCGUACACCCAAGCAACUCUCCUAGAGCUGCAACGCAUGAGUACCGUAGCCCCGCUCGGCGUUGCGCACAUGUCAUCUGCCGAUGCAAAGUACAGAGGAUACACCAUUCCAGCGCGUACAGCGGUCAUCCCAAACACGUGGGCUAUUCACUACAACCCUAAGGUGUGGGAGGAACCGUUCAAGUUCAACCCUGGGAGAUUCUUGGAUGAACAGGACAAGGUCAAAGGGGCUGAAGGAGUGGUGUCGUUCAGUGCUGGAAACCGUGUUUGCAUCGGACGCCAUCUUGCCCGUAUGGAGAUGUACACCUUCCUGACUCAUCUACUCCAUAAGUUUUCGUUCCAGAAGGCAGACUGCUCCCCGCCGCUUUCCUUCAAGGGAAGUGGCAGUUUCGCUAGGGUACCAGACCAGUACUUCCUGCACGCUGUGAAAAGGUUUUGAGUCCGGAAACUGAAUGUCAAAUCCAAGAAGGAUCAAUUAUUAGGACUGUUGUAGAUUUUCCCAGCCAAUUUGAACAAAGAAAAUUGUCAUUAUAACACUCUGCUCGUUCACUUUCGUUUGAAACUUCUACUAUCCUUUCACUUACUGGCAGCUCUUGCUGCUGGCUUUUACAAAAACAGCCCAAAGGAGUAAUUAAAGUUCACUAGUUUAGCAUUCACUGUCAAAAAUAAGAUCCUUCAAUUUCACAAGGCCGCAAGUUUCAUCAAGUUUUGUAAAAGCCAGCAACAAGAGCUGCUGUAAGUGUAUAUAAGGAUAGUAGAAGUUCAGUUUAAGAAUGGCCAAAGGGUAAUCUUGAAUGCCUGUCAUGGUUCAAUAAAUUGAAUAUAUUAUGACUAAAACAAAUCUGAAUGAGAAACACGAAAACAUUGAAUGCACUACCUAAAAAAGCAAAUUUAAGUGGAUAAGGGUAAAACGCAUGAACUGGAAUGUGUGUUAAUAAUGGAUUGUUUUGGCCAGGAAGACCUUAUCUUGUAAAGAAGGAGAGAUAACAUUAAUUUAUGAAUAAUUUUAUGGGAAAUCUGAAGAUGUUGAGACCUCUUUUUCUACCUCUACGGUAAGACACUACUAUAGAAUUGCAAAGGUCGUGGGUUCGAAUCCCACCCAAGUAAUAUAUACCCAGUGAUUUUUUUCUUCUUCAUAGAACUAGGAAAAUAUGCCUACUAAGUAUCACUAAAUCGGUGUUUAUAGGUAAAACCAAUAAAGCUAUUUGGUAAAACCAAAAUUAAUAUAGUCAAUAGUUUGGAUAGAUCACAGAUUAAUUUAGCAUGUAAUAAUGUAUUUGUUUAUCUUUGUAUUUCUUUGAUUUGUUUUCCUUCCAAUCUGUGUGCGAGUGCAAUCAAGAGUAUAACUUCUACAAUGCAAAAAAAAUGUCAGUUCAAUGCAAUUAAUGCUUAUAGAUUGAGUACAUAUUAAACUGUUAAAUUUCUUUUGCUGAAAACCA